UUCUAUUUUUAUAAUGCAAUAUGCAAAUUAUAAUAGAGAAAAUAUUCUAGUGAAAAUCAAGUAAAAUCGAGGUAGUUUUACUUGACCACUCGAAUUAUAUUAUGGAUUAUCAUCAAGAAAUCACCAAAUGAAUAAAAUAUACCUAUUAUCUGUUUUGGAUCGCUCGCACUUUAUACUUUCACCAUAUGAUACGUUGCCUCUAUGAGGAAACUUUUUUUUUUUUUUUUUUUUAUUAACGACGCGUAACAAUAAACAUAAUUUUCAAACAACCAAAAACAACAUAAGCACAUUGGCAACAAAAUGUCCCUCGGCACCAGUGAAAAACACACAUCGUACAACGCAUUGUAAAAAGGAGCAUGGAGCAGUUCGAGCAGCUGCUGACAUGCGCGAUCUGCCUGGACCGGUACAGAAACCCAAAGCUACUGCCAUGCCAGCACAGCUUUUGCAUGGAGCCCUGCAUGGACGGGCUGGUGGAUUACGUCCGCCGACAGGUCAAGUGUCCGGAGUGCCGGGCCGAACACCGCAUACCUUACCAGGGCGUGCAAGCUUUCCCAACGAACGUGACCCUCCAGCGAUUCCUCGAGCUACACAUCGAGAUCACCGGCGAACUGCCGGACCCAACGAGCGGUCAGAUAAUGGAGCGCUGCAGCGUCUGUUCCGAGAAGAGCUACUGCAACCUGUGCGCCCAUUGCGAAAAAAAGUGCUGUCCCGAGUGCAAGGAGGAACACAUCAAGAUACUCAGGAAAAACAUCGUCAGCAUCAACUCACAGGUGCGGAGGGCCCUGCAUAGACUCCAGGAGGCCCUGGCGCAGGUGGAGAAGAACACCCUGGCCCUGCAGACUAACGCGUCGACGGUGGGCGAGGAGGUGGACGAGAUCUACAGGCGGCUGAACAAGGCGCUCAAGGACCGGACCGAGUUUUUGCGGAACGAGGUCGAUCGUUACCUAAACACCGAGCUCCGGGGCCUCGUCCACCUCAAGGAGAACCUCGAGCUCGAGAUCGCCAACAUACAGAGCAACUGCGACCUCGCCGACGCGCACAUCAACGAGAACGUGCCCUGGGACGACAACGAGCUACUCGACACCAAGGAACUCUUCCUCCGCACCCUCGAGUUCAUCCGGAACUUUGAGUACGAGGCGAGCGAUUACAGUAGGCGGAUGCGCUUCGUGAUGGCGCACGACCCGAACCAGCUGGUCCUGCACGUGGCUGGGUACGGGGAGCUGAACAUCAAGCCCGACGCGGGGGCCAACGCUCUGUUGGGCAGCACGAGUUGCCUCUCCGUCCCCGGCGCAACGCCUGGCGGGCUCAUGCGCAGCAAGAGCGACCACCGACUCGCCUCCCAGUACAGACAGCAGGACGACGACCGCACCCAUGGCCGUAACCGCUACGUCCCCGACUACGAGUACGAAGCCGGGGAGUACGAGGCACCUCGGUCGCGGUCGCGGUACCGGUCGCGCUUCAUGCGCAACCGGGACGGCGAGGACUCGGACGGGGACAGUAGGUCGACGGUGCGCUUCAACGCGCCCCAGGAGUCCUCGGCCUUGAGGGAGCGCGAGCGCGUUCUCGACACCGAGGACGCCUCCAGGGGACCCCUGUCCGGUAUAUUCCGGCUGACGGACUCGCCCCGUGUUAUGAACAAGCUCAACGAGUGCGAGAGGGCCGGUAAACGCAAGAAGGACGAGCCACCAGCAUCCACGGCUGGACACCAGCAGAGCCAAGCCAAGAGCCAGGUCCAGCCGCAGCAGCGAAAACUCGCACCGUCGACGGUGGGCCGCGGGGUCGGCGAGGACGACGAGAUAACCCGGAUCAAGAAGCAAAACAAGGGCCCGAGCGGGUCUUCGCCGACAGGCUCGGCUGCCUCGCCCGUCCAGGAACACCACGAGGUGCGCCAGUCGCCCCAGCCCUUCUCGGCGCACGCGGCUCAUCGGGACCACGCGGACCUCCCCGAGGAGACGGCCCGCAGAACACCCAUCUCCAGUCACAGGACGUCGACGGAGCCGCACGGUCCGGGGGGUCGUAGUGGCUCCUCGGAGUCGAGCACGAGUUCCGAGAGCUCGACCGGCUCGGGCAUCCGCAGCACCGGCGCUCCCUUCACGACCGAGGAAAUGAAACAAAAGUACCUGUCCCGUGGACCCCAGAACAGCAGUGCCAACAACAACAGUAUCGGCACGGCCAGCAGCCCCGCAGGUUCGCUUACCUCCAACCGAGACUCCCCCGUUUCAGCUGUCACACCCAGACCCUUCCAGAGCCGUUUUUUAGGUGCAGGUAACCGCGCGGCACCACCACCACCACCUCAGUCGUCGUCAAGCGCGGCAUCGGUCGCCAGCCGGGACGAGCCGGCCUCGAAGACGCUGAAGAAGGACGAGGCGGAGGACGAGGAGGACACGAGCAGCUCCUCGGAGGACAGCGACUCGGAGGAGAGCGAGGAGGAGUCCGAGCCCGAGCAGCCGAGCACCAGAGCCGCCAGCCAACCGUACCAGUACCCCGCGACCAUGAGCGCCUCCCAACCGAGCCGCGAGUCCGCGACGAUGGCGCGCACGGACAUCGGGCCCCUACUGGCGCGCAGCGCCGAGGCCAGGCGGGGCAGCAAGGAGGACUCGCCCAGUACAAGGUAUGGGACACCGAGGGGCAGCCCCGCCCAGUCCGCGGCCUCGCCGACGAGCACAAGCACUCCUGCCACGACGACGCCCGGCGGCUACACCAGCAGGUUCCUGAACAAGAGCCGGAGCCAAGUGGCGCUGAACAACAUCGGCAGCGACAGUCCCGCCACCACCACCGCGGCCUCCUCGGCCAGGUCGGAGCAGCAAACGGCGAACAGCAUGAGCAGCAACCCCCUGGAGUCGUUGGACGCAAGCCAGGACUCGAGCCUGUCGCCUCGUUCGCGCUACGCGGCCCUGAAGGAGCGCCGGCAGCGGCUCGCCCGGUCGCGCAGCAGCCACAACUUUGGGGGUCCGGACGAGCUCGACCUCGACGAGGACCCGCCCUCCCCGACGACCCAGUCGCCCAACGCCUACCUGGCGGCCAAGUACGGCGUGGGCUCGGAGUUGGCGAGGAGCCGCAGCACCCACGCCCUCAAGUCCCGGGAGGCAAGUCCAGAUCGCGAGCGGCCCGGCGCCGAGAAAGACGGCGCCGCGCUCAGCUCUUGGGCCCGCUACCUCAAAAACAAGUACGGUAACCGCGCGGCCAAGGACAAGGAGCCGCCCUCCUCGGCCUCCGCUAUCCCCUCAUCCAGACGCUUGGAAGAAAAAAUCAAUGCUGUAGCUAAUUCAUUGAAAGAAAACAAGUAUCGCGCGGGCGGACGAUUGGGAGAUAAAAUCAAUGCCGUGUCUAAUUCAUUGAAUGAAAACAAGUACCGCGUGGGCAGUGCGAGUUCGGCCUCGCGAAGAUUAUCCUUGGGCUUGCCUCUGAGGCACACGGGACAGGCCUCCUUUGAAUCCUCUGACGACGACCAAAAAAACCCGUCAGGCUCCCCCACGUCCCCUACAGCAGCUCCCGCUAUACCCGCGGCAGUAGGUUCCUCCACUAGGGGUCAGUACCUGCUGAAGCGGCGGAUGCUGUUCAAAUGGGGGGUGCGGGGGAGCGAAGCCGGAUGUUUUACGUGGCCGCGAGGCCUCGCGGUCGGCCCCGACAACUCGAUCGUCGUGGCCGACAGCUCGAAUCACCGUGUCCAGGUGUUCGACGCUAACGGGAACUUCGUAAGAGAGAUCGGAUCGUAUGGUAGUGGCCAGGGCCAAUUCGAUUGUUUGGCCGGGGUCGCGGUGAACCGUAUCGGGCAGUUCAUCAUUGCGGACCGGUACAACCACCGUAUCCAGGUGUUCGACCCGUCGGGCCGCUUCCUUCGCUCGUUCGGCUACCAAGGAAGCUCAGACGGAAAAUUCAACUACCCGUGGGGAAUAACCACGGACGCGCUGGGCUUCAUCUACGUCUGCGACAAGGAGAACCACAGAGUCCAGGUCUUCCAGUCAGAUGGAACGUUCGUUGGCAAAAUCGGCAGCUGCGGUUCUGGGCGGGGCCAACUCGAGCACCCGCACUACAUCGCCGUGAGCAGUACGAACCGUGUCAUCGUCAGCGACAGCAACAACCAUCGCAUCCAAAUAUUCGACGUUAACGGGCGCGUCCAGAAGAUCAUAGGCUCCGAGGGUGCCGACCCGGGCCAGUUCAAGUUCCCACGUGGCGUCGCGGUCGACGACCAAGGCUACAUCGUCGUCGCCGACUCGGGCAACAACCGCAUACAGAUCUUCACGCCCGAGGGUGCCUUCCUCCACUCGUUCGGCGAGUGGGGCUGCGCUGACGGCCAGUUCAAGGGCAUCGAGGGCAUUGCCGUCACCUCGGCCGGCAACAUCUUGGUCUGCGAUCGCGAGAACCACCGAGUUCAAGUCUUUUGAGCUCCCCUCUCUCUCUCUCUCUCUCUCUCUCUCUCUUUCUUCGCGACCGGGAUUUCUUCAUCGUCGUCUCUCCGUCGCGAUUGUUAUUUAUUCUUACUAUUUUGUUGAUCGCCAGUGCCUAUCAUUAUACAACUAUACUCGUUCUCGUCAAAGGGGGCUUUGGCCCAUCACCUCUGCCGAUCUCGUGUGCCUCAAGUAUAUUACAUGCAUCGCUAUACUCUUGUACUGCAACAAUAUGAUGUUUUCGCGACAAGGAGUGUAUACGAGGUGGAAAGUGUUUUAUCGAUUGUACUUUUAGGAAAAUUUUACGAGGGACGAGCGGAAGGAUAUCAUACAUGUAGAUAUAUACGUAUUGUAAACAAAUCUUGUAUUUUAUGCUCUGUUAUUUGAAACAGGAGGUAUUUCUUUUUUUUUUCUAUAAUUAUAAGCCCUCCUUUUAUCUUUUAUCAACUAUAACUACUACUGUUUAGAAAAAAAAAAAAAAAAAAUUGUUAUUUAAUUACGUUUUUUUGCGAUAAAGAAAAUUGAAAUUGGAUUAUAGAUUAUACGAGGGGUAGGUUUUUGUUUUUCGACUAUUGGGAUUGGAUUAUUUAUCAAACGAAAUGUGGAAAAUCAAGGACGCCACAGAGCGCCUCAGGAGCGACAAUGAUAACAAUAAACAAGUAACUUAAUUUUAUUUGUACUUGAGGAUGACGACUAUCGUUUGUACUGUUUGUAUGCUUUAAAUAAAUCGUUGCGGAAAAA